UAUUCUUAAAAGGUUAUCCUUGUACCCAAUCAUACUAUGCAACUUUUUCCCAUCACUAACCUUCAUUUUUUGGGGAAGGUUGUUGAAAGUGUGAUUGUCACCCACUUCAUCCAGUGCCCUGGAUGAAGCCAUUUACCUGGAGCAUUUGAACUAUCAUUCGCCCACUAUUUCAAAACUCUGGGAUAUAAUCCAUCUAAUUAACUGGAGUUUGCUGCAUGGCAUCCCAGUGGAUGAUUAAGAUUCUAUGUUUUCUGAAUCCUCUGGGCUGGGAAAUCAAACUGGAAUAACAGAGUUUAUCCUCUUGGGACUCUCCAAUAAUCCACAGAUACAAGAUUUUCUCCUAUUUGUGUUUAUGAUAAUUUUUUUGGUCACCAUUCUAGGAAAUAUAGCUAUUAUAUUAGUGAUCAGUUCUGAGCAUCACCUUCAGAUGCCCAUGUUCCUCUUACUCAGAUAUUUAGCUUUUGUUGACAUCUGCUAUAUCUCAGUCACUGUCCCCAAGAUGUUGGCAAACUUCAUAAUGAAGCAGAAAACCAUAUCCUGGGAAGGAUGUAUUUCACAGAUCUUCUUCCUUUUGCAAAUAGCUUGUACAGAAAGUUUUAUUCUCUCAGCAAUGGGUUAUGACCGAUAUGUGGCUAUAUGUGACCCCCUGAAGUACAGCAGAUACUUGACAAGAGAGAUGUGUAAUAAAAUGGUGGGCACAGCUUGGCUCCUGGGAUUCUUUUUUUCUAUAGUGAAUGUGCUACCUUUGCUAAAUCUCCAUUUUUGCAACAACAAUAUAAUCAGACACUAUACUUGUGAGAUUCCUUCCCUCUUGACCUUGUCUUGUACAGAUACUCUCACUAAUUACAUCAUUCUUCUUAUAUCUGUGUUAGCAGUUAGUCUUAGUUCAUUUCUUAUCAUCCUAAUCUCUUACAUUUAUAUUAUUUCUACCAUCUUGAAAAUUAAUUCAGCAGAAAGUAGGCAAAAAGCUUUCUCUACAUGCAGUUCCCAUCUCAUUGUGGUGUGCUUGUGUUACUUUUCAGGUAUCAUUUGUUACAUGAAGCCAAGUCCAAAAUCCCUCAUGGAUCUGGACAACAUAUUGUCUAUUCAGUAUAGUGUUUUAACUCCUAUGUUAAAUCCCAUCAUAUAUAGCCUGAAAAACAAAGAGAUCUUAUCUGGUGCAGAGAAACUAUUUAGAAAUCAUAGGCCCAAUGUUUAACCACAAAACAACACCUACAGUUAAUGAUAUAGCAGGGGUGUGGAAUGUUCUUUCCCCCCAAAUUCCCAACAUCUUGUGUCUUGCUCUAAUAUCUAUCUAAGCAGGUUUUUUUUAAAAAAUGACAAUGAAAGUAUCUAUGAGAUUUAAUUUUGUAAUUUCUUUCCUCUCCUACUGUAUUUCUCUUUCCCUCUCUCACCCUUUCUCGCUCUUUUCAAUUAUAGCAUAUAGUUUAAAUUGAUUACUCACUACAAAAUAUUUAUUUCUAAACAUAUUUUGAUUUAGUUGUACAACAACUGAGCUGCAAGAUUAAAAAAAAUAAAUGAUCCAAUGUAUUGUCCCAAAGUCAACUGAAUCCUGAAAAAAAUAGCUUUGGAAAUUGUAUCAUUCUUAGAGUUUAGUUACUGCUAUAUAUCAGAAUAUUUGCAAGACUGGAACAAAAUAAAUUAUUAUAAUCUACUGGGUUAUACAGAAAGUAGGAAAGCAGUAUGUAAGAUUCUUCAUUAUACUGAUCUUCAAUUAGGUACCAGGAUAUGAUCUUACGAUACAAUUUAAAGAAUGGAGAAGUGCAAAUAUGCGAAAUAAUCAAACUAUAUAUUGUCAAAAUAAGGUUGGUUGUUACUUUAUUAAAUGACAAUUAAACUAUUGGA